CCCAGGCCCUCGGACCGCUACCGCGCACGCGCAGCGCAGUGCCGGCGGCUCCGCUCCCGGGCGUACGGUAGGCUGCUUGUCCAGUACGGUUGUGUUUCAACAGUGCUGACGGGCCGCGGUGGCAGACCCGGGCUCUGGCGGCAGCACGGAGGCUCAGGCUGUGUCCGAGGGCUCGGGGCCGAGCACCGCCAGUCCCCGGACGGCCCCUCCGGUGACGGUGCUGGUGAUGCGGCAGGAGGAGGCCGAGGUGGACUGCGGCGCUCUAAGGCCGGGCCCGGCGGGGAGCGAGGCGGCGGCAGACGCCGAGGACGAGGCGGGGGAGGACGACGCCGACCUACUGGACACGUCGGACCCGGCGGGUGGCGGCGAGAGCGCGGCCAGCCCUGAGGAGCUGGAGGACGAGGAUGCAGAGGGCGGCGGCGCAGCGCGCCGGCGAGGCUCCAAGACCUGCACCUACGAGGGCUGCCGUGAGACCACCAGCCAGGUGGCCAAGCAGCGCAAGCCCUGGAUGUGCAAGAAGCACCGCAACAAGAUGUACAAGGACAAGUACAAGAAGAAGAAGAGCGACCAAGCACUGGGCUCUGGCGGCCCCUCCGCGGCUAGCACAGGCAACGUCAAACAGGAGGAAAGCACAGACAACAUACUCUCCAUGGUCAAACAGAGAACAGGAUCUUUUGGCGAUCGCCCUGCAAGACCUACUCUUCUAGAGCAAGUGUUAAAUCAGAAAAGACUGUCAUUACUAAGAAGUCCAGAAGUUGUCCAAUUUUUACAGAAACAGCAACAGCUACUAAACCAACAAGUUCUGGAGCAAAGACAGCAGCAGUUCCCAGGAGCGCCGGUGUGAGGGCUUACAAAGUCUGCUCUGCCUUACCUAACUGUAAUGGAUGGAUGUGCUUUUAGACUAAGACAAUGCCUUGAUAAUCAAGCAUGGGUGGAAUCCCUGAACUUGGAAAACUGAGCCCAGAGGAUUCCAAGUUCAAAGCCAGCCCGGGCUCCAUAGCAAGUUCCUUUCUCAAAAAAGAGAAAGAGGAGAGAAAUAGAAAAACUACUUUCUGUAAAUGUGUGUGUACAUUUGAGGAUAAAUAAUUAUUGAAUUUUUGCACUUAAUUGUUUCAUAUCACUAUGAGUUUGAAGAAAAAAUCACCUUUCUGGUUUUUAAUGUUUUUCUUCAGUUAUGCUUACUGAAGCUAAUGAGGCAGUUACUUUCUGUGGAAGUCAUAAAAGUAAGAGUAAUAUCAGAUCACCAGUGCUGUGAUUCUCAUCAAGAGGCACUAGAAAGCAAUGGUAUGUUUUGGGUUGUCACAGAGACCUUGAACUAGCUAGGCUGUAGUGAGUGGCCAGGAAUCUUAGCCUUGUGCAAUGGCUAUGGUAUUCCACCAGCUCAAUGUUACCUUGCUAUUAAUGAGCCUCAGCUGCAUUGAGACCCUUCGGCCAGCACAAGGCCAGGUGCUUGGAGUUAUCUUUCUGUAUAGGUAAAGUGGAGCUCUGAAAGCUAAGCAUCUUUAUACCUGUGAGGAAAGCGGUCACUGCUUUCUUCACAUAUCUAGAGAAAGAGACAUUAAAGUUGGUGCGGCCAUGGUUGGGGGGGUCCCUCUCCUUUAAAGCAGCUUGUCUCCUCAGUUGAACAUGUGAACAGUUCAGAUACACACAGCCCACCAAGGCCAGGACAGAGUUGGUUUUCUUAGAGUCAUUCUUAAUGUUCUUCAUAAAGGAGAUCCUGAAGAUAGAGUAACACUCACUAUUGUCAGUGCUUUUCAAAACUGAACACUUAUUCCUAGCUACUGUUAAAGGAAUGACGGAUUAUCUGGGUACUUUUUUUUUUUUUUAACUUUUUUCUAGGAAAAUUUUAAAAAGGCAAAAAUACCAUAAGAUACAGAAUCAGAUGUCAAGAAAAUAUAUCCAGGAGUAAGUUAAUAAGUGAUUCAUGGCGAAAUAUGUCAGUUGGUUGAUUCCUAAACUCUGAAAUAUAUAUGAUGUUAAAUUGAUAGCUACGGAUGCAGCUUAGCCUUACUGCAUCUGCCUAGCAUGGGCAAGGCCCUCAGCCCACUCGCCCCUCACCACUACAAUAAACACAUACAAAGAAGAGUGAUUUUCUUCAUUUUGUGUUCUACACUUGUGUAUCUGAAAAAGACCCUUUUGCCAAAAUUAUUUAUUAAAGGACAUCUAUCGAA